AUGGGAACUCGCAGACUACUGGUUGAACUUGGAAGGUUGGGGUACCGUGUCUCAGCAAAGAAGGCACAAAUCUGCCAGAAAGAGGUAACCUAUCUGGGAUAUGCUCUAAAGGAUGGAAAAAGGUGGCUGACGGAAGCCCGAAAGAAGGCCAUCUUGCAGAUCCCCACCCCGUCAACCUCUCGACAGGUGCGUGAGUUCCUGGGAACGGCGGGGUUCUGUCGCCUUUGGAUACUUGGGUUUGCUAGCUUGGCUGAACCACUAUAUCCACUCACCAAAAACAAAGGAGAAUUCGUAUGGGGCAAAGAGCAGGAGGAGGCCUUCACCAACAUAAAGAAGGCGCUGUUAAGUUCCCCUGCUCUGGCGUUACCUGACCUCACCAAACCAUUUACUCUGUUCGUGGAUGAGCGAAAGGGAGUGGCCCGGGGUGUGUUAACACAGAAACUCGGACCCUGGAAACGGCCAGUGGCAUACUUGUCAAAAAAAUUAGACCCCGUGGCCAGUGGAUGGCCUGCCUGCCUUAAAAUAGUGGCUGCCACCGCAGUCUUGGUAAAAGACUCUGAUAAACUUACUUUUGGACAACCAAUUACAAUCAUUGCAGCCCACUCCCUGGAAAGCAUUAUUCGACAACCUCCUGACCGGUGGUUAACAAAUGCCAGGAUGACUUACUAUCAGAGUCUGUUACUAACUGAACGUAUUAAGUUUGCCCCUCCAGCCAUCCUGAACCCAGCCACACUGAUGCCUGAAGCAGGAGAGAGUGACCAGCCUCUCCAUGAAUGCCAAGAGGUUCUAGCCGAAGAAGUGGGCAUUCGCGCAGACCUAACUGACCAGCCUAUGGAAGGAACCCCCUCGUGGUUCACCGAUGGGAGCAGCUACCUGUUGGAAGGAAAGCGAAAGGCUGGCGCAGCCGUAGUGGACGGGAAACGGGUCGUGUGGGCUAGCUCGUUGCCAGAGGGGACCUCUGCCCAAAAAGCCGAACUAGUAGCCCUCAUACAGGCCCUGAGGUUGGCUGAAGGAAAAGUGAUUAACAUAUUUACCGAUAGCAGAUACGCCUUCGCAACAGCCCACGUCCAUGGGGCAAUAUACAGACAGAGGGGGCUCUUGACAUCGGCGGGGAAGGAAAUUAAGAACAAAGAGGAAAUUUUAAAUCUCCUAGAAGCCGUACAUCUCCCCAAAAAGGUGGCCAUCAUACAUUGCCCAGGGCAUCAAAAAGGAGAUGACUGGGUUGCAAGAGGGAAUCGAAUGGCAGACACAACUGCCAAAGAGGCCGCACUAGAGGCCAUGAUACUCUCAGUAAAACUUGACGACAAACAGGCAGUGGAAGGAAAGGAAGAAACAAACCUAUCCGCUGAGGAAGGGAAAGCUUACAUCGAUAAAAUGCACCGACUUACGCAUUUGGGGACUGAAAAACUUAUCACACUAGCAAAAAAAUCACGCUACAAGGUCCCGGACCUACGAAAAACCGUGGAACGCAUCGUACAAAAUUGCGAGGCAUGUGCCUUUACAAAUGCAGGACAUACUAAAGGAAUCCAAGGAAAGAGACUGAGAGGAGAUCGACCAGGAGCAUAUUGGGAAGUAGACUUUACGGAAGUAAAACCUGCCCGGUACGGUAACAAAUAUUUGUUAGUAUUUGUAGAUACCUUCUCUGGAUGGGUCGAAGCAUACCCUACAAGGAACGAAACAGCACUAGUAGUCGCAAAAAAUCCUGGAAGAGAUUUUUCCCCGGUUUGGUAUUCCCAAGGUAAUCGGCACGCCUAA